AUGUGCCGAAGUGUACCGAGAAGAAGCUGUACAAGUGUGAUCUCUGCCCUGCAGAAUUCAGCUGGAGCGGGCACCUACAACGUCACAAGCGAGCAGACAGGCGAGAAGCCAUACAAGUGCAAUGCCUGCACUGCGGAGUUCAGUCGGAGCGAGCACCUCCAACAUCACAAGCGAUCACACACAGGCCAGAAUUGUUACAAGAGCGAUGUGUGCCCUGCAGAAUUCAGCCGGAGCGAGCACCUACAACGCUAUAAGCGAGUACACAUGGGCGAGAAGCCAUACAAGUGCAAUGCCUGCACUGCUGAGUUGCAUCUACGGCGUCACAUGUGCGCGCACAUUGGCAAAGAGCCAUACAAAUGCGAUGUCUGCCUCGCAAGUUUUCGCCAGAGCGGGACCCUACAGCUUUAA